UGAUGAACUAGACCCGCAGCAGUGAGUGCGUGCGUGUCUCUGGAGAAACAUGGGGGAAGCGGAGACUCUGCCAUCCGACGAAAAACAAGCAGAAACCGGCAUCUGUACCGCCGAGGAAUCGAUUGUAUGGAGUCAAGAAGUAGAAGUGUGUCUUUUUCACGCAAUGCUGGGUCAUAAACCCGUAGGAGUGAAUCGACAUUUCCACAUGAUCUGUAUUCGCGAUAAAUUCAGUCAGAACAUCGGCAGGCAGGUGUCAUCUAAAGUCAUCUGGGAUCACCUGAGCACCAUGUACGACAUGCAGGCGCUGCAUGAAUCAGAAAUACUCCCGUUUCCAAACUCGGAGAAGAGCUUUGUGCUGCCUGAAGAGAUCAUACAGGAAGUCAAGGAAGGUAAAGUGGGAUCUGAAGAUGACGUGAAGGAGGAGUUCAAAGAAGAGAGUGACCCACCUGCAAACCAUGAAGAAGGCAGCAAUUCCUCCGUGAAGAUGUCGGAGAGGUCGGGCAGCGGGCGCGAGAAAGAGAAAGAGCGGGCAGAGAGGGGGGGCUCAGGUGAGACGGGCAGCGGGCCGAAAGAAUCAGCCGGGGAAAAGAGGAAGAGGAGCCGAGCUGUGGAGAAGGUGAUGAACUCCAGCAACCCCUCCAGCCCCGGAGGAGCCAAGCGCCGCAGGACGUAGCCGCAGCUUGCAGCAGGACGACUUGGGACAUCAGACAUUAAAAAAGAACUGACUGAGAAAGGUGUAGCUAAUAUUGGUCGCGCUAGAGCCAAUGUAAAAGUGAAAUGACAUGGCGUGCAGGGGAUGUGAUGUUCGUGUGCGUUAUCUGCAGUCCAGAGGUUCACUGCGAGAGACGUUCCUGCGCUUUUAAGCGUUCUGAGCUCUUCACAGACAGACGGUGGAAAUGUAGACAAAGGAAAGUCUGGUGGUUGUGUAAGAUCAGACUAGACUGAUGGGGAAAGUAUGAUAAACUAAAAAGCUUUCCUCUGCUGAGUUUGGAAA